CCGUGACUUGGUUGAACUGAAGUUACUGAACGCCAGCCAUUAUGUCCGGGAUCUGGCCUGAAUGUCCGCGCAGUGCAGGUACAGUCAACGUCGAAGACGAACCCACAGGUCUGGUCCGCGUCGGCGCGGGCAGCUUCGCCACUGUUUGUGCACACCGCGGCGGACCGUUGGUCUUCAAGAUCGUACAUUUCGAAGAGCAGGCACAAGAACUCAAGGCGGAAUACACAGCUCACAACGCGCUCUUCACAUCCUACCCACAGAAGUUCACAUUUGCUGUCCCGCGGCCACUCGGCUUCUAUGGCAUCACAAAUCAGGACUACCUCGAGCUUUCCACGAAUAUACAUUUUCACCUCUCCGGACAAUAUUUCGAGUCUGUAGGCGUCCCACGCUCUGCGUAUGCGAUGGACCGCGUGCAUACUCUCCCCGCGGACAUCGGAAACGUCAUCCGUGUGCAAUUCUACUCUCGCAUCACCGAGGCACGGAGCGCGCCCUACUCCAGUCUCUGCCGACUCUACCUUAGCAAGGUCCUCAAACCAAGCAUGUUUUUACGCUUUGAAUCGCGGCUCAUGCCCCUUAACGACGUCGCAAGGGGCAUGGGCGAGGUGCUCGGGCACAUACAUUGGCGUUUAGGGUACGACGCGCGGGAUAUCGAGUUCGUCAUGGGUGGCGAUGGGUACCAUGGGGUGACGUUCCAGGUCAUUGACUUCAACCAGAUGCGGCGGCUAGAAGGCACAGGGGUCGAGGUUGUUGAGAUGCUUGUCAGCUCGUUCUUUGCCAACGACCCGUAUUACCCGCGACCCCGCCCUAGCGAUACGCUCUACCAAGCCUUCCGCACCGGCUACAUCGCGCAGUGUGCGCUCGGGCAGACAAGCGUCCCAAAAGAGUUCCUCGAGGCGAUUGAAGUAGAACAGGCCAAGCGUGACGCGAGAGAGUAG